CCUACCCCAGGUCGGGGUUGUGGGCCCAAUCUUGGGCUCCGGAUCCCUGAAGCUACCCCUCCAGUCUCUCUCCCUCUAGGGUCCCCUCUCCUACCUACCCGCCAUGACGAAGCUGCUGCCUGCCCAAGAGGCAGCCAAGAUCUACCACACUAACUAUGUGCGGAAUGCCCGGGCAGUGGGGGUGAUGUGGGGUACCCUCACUAUCUGCUUCUCUGUUCUGGUCAUGGCUCUGUUUAUUCAACCUUAUUGGAUCGGAGACAGUAUCAACACACCCCAGGCCGGCUACUUCGGCCUCUUCUCCUACUGUGUGGGCAAUGCCUUAACUUCAGAGCUUAUCUGCAAGGGCAGCCCUCUGGACUUCAAGACCAUACCCUCCGGUGCCUUUAAGACUGCCAUGUUCUUCGUGGCUGUUGCCAUGUUUCUCAUCAUUGGUUCCACCAUCUGCUUCAGCCUCUUCUUUGUCUGCAACACUGCUACUGUCUACAAGAUCUGUGCCUGGAUGCAGCUGGCAGCUGCUACAGGCUUAAUGAUUGGCUGUCUGGUCUACCCAGAUGGCUGGGACUCCAGUGAGGUAAAGCGCAUGUGUGGGGACCAGACAGACAAGUACACACUGGGUGCCUGUACCAUCCGCUGGGCUUUCCUGCUCGCCAUGAUCAGCAUCAUGGAUGCCCUCAUCCUCUCCCUUCUGGCGUUCGUCCUCGGUUACCGGCAAGACAAACUCCUCCCCUCUGACUACAAAGCAGAUGGAAAUGGUAGCACAUGA